UGCUUCUGACAUCAACCAUCCCAGCACCUCCAAACCCAAAUUCCCCUUUUGCCUUUCCAGUCUUUCAUCUCCAUUGUGACAACAUCCCACCCAUCAGGGCCACGCCAUUGAAGUAGCAUUUUCUUUCGACUUCCACCGUAUUCCCAUACCUCGAACUUGUCAUUUAGAGCACCCAUCUCGCUAUCCGAUAUACCCUCUUCAUUGCUAUCGUCACCGUUGCCAGGCAAGGUGCACGUAAAUCAACAAUCAACCCGCACAUCACACGACAUCACCAACAACUGACUCCCACAUGGCGCGAUCUCAAACGAAAACCCUUCCCGUCAUCCCCCUCGCCCGCGGCACCAUCCUCCUGCCGGGCGUCGCACAGCGCAUCCCCGUCACCGCCGCCCGUCCCGACAUCCCCGCCCUUCUCGCGAACGUCUACACCCGCGCUGCUUCCGCGGCCCCGAACGAGCGCAUCGACUCCGUCCCCAUCGCCUGCGUCCCCGUCUCUUCCCCCUUCGUCGGCCCCAACGGCCAGCUUCUCAUCCAGGAUGCCGACCAGAUGGAUGAGUCCCUCAUCAAGGAGGUCGACCCCGGCACCGCUCGCAAGUCCGAUCUCUACAACUAUGGCGUAGCCGCCCGCAUCACAGGCAUUGAAGGAAGGGGGACCGCCGAGUUCGCCCUGCGUGUGGAGGGCUUUGCAAGAGUUCGAGUAGAGAAGGUCACGCAAGAGCGGCCGCACUUUGAGGCCAAGGUCAAGUACUUCCACGAUGAAGUAACGACGGAUGCCCAGAUGCAAGAACUCUUCUCCCUCCUUAAACUUCGAUCCCGAGAACUCGUAACGAUCCUUCGCAUAUCCGCACUCCUCCCUAGAAGUCCAGACAGUCCCGGCGGUCUGUCUCCACUGUUGACUAGGAGGCUCGAGAUGUUCAUCAACAAGAAGGAGCUCAAAGAUGCCGGUCAGCUGGCAGACUUCAUGGCCAACAUUGUUGAGGCUUCAUACGAGGAGAAACUCGAAGUUUUGGCUGCCCUCGACGUCAAGGUUCGCCUUGCUAAAGUCAUUGAGCUCCUUGACCGACAGGUCAGCGGGAUCAAGAACAACUUCAAAAUCACCACCUUCACCAGCGUGCCCGUGCAGUUCCUCGACAAGAUCAACGAUAAGACAUCACGCCGUGUCGGCCCCAACGGCGCUCCGCUGCCACCCAACACCAUGUUUCCUCCAGGCCCCAACGGCGUCAUGGGCCCCAACCAAGACGAUGACCAGGAGCCCAAUGAGCUGGAAGAGCUCAAGAAGAAGCUGGACAAGGCCCAGCUCCCGCCCGAACCCGCCAAGAUGGCGCAAAGGGAGUUGAGGAGACUGAAGAAGAUGAUGCCCGGUAAUCAAGAAUACCAGGUCACUCGCACUUGGCUAGAUGUGCUCUCCGAGAUUCCCUGGACCGCUACUACGGAUGACAGACUGGGGCCUGACACGCUCGCGAGAGCUCGCAAGCAGUUGGACGAGGACCACUACGGCCUGGAUAAGGUCAAGAAGCGUUUGGUUGAGUACCUAGCUGUGCUGAGGCUCAAGCAAUCCAUCAACGACGACGUUGAGGAACAGAUCAGGCAGGCAGAGGCGGAAGCGGCUCCUCCGGCCGAACCUGAGAAGGAGAAGGAAGAGGACGCCGAGAAAGCGAAGAAGGAGGAAGGCAACGCCGAGUUGGAGGAGCGCGCGAAGUUGGCCAACACUAAGAUCGAGGUUCUGCGAUCAAAGCGGAUGGUGGACCGGUCGCCUAUCAUGCUCUUGGCCGGCCCUCCUGGUGUUGGCAAAACAAGUCUGGCAAGAUCUGUCGCCAUGGCGCUGGGCAGGAAGUUCCACCGAAUCUCGCUUGGCGGUGUAAGAGACGAAGCUGAGAUUCGUGGUCACCGCCGGACGUACGUGGCGGCCAUGCCCGGUCUGAUUGUUCAGGGGCUCCGAAAGGUCGGCGUGGCAAACCCCGUCUUCCUUCUCGAUGAGAUUGACAAGUUGGGCAUGUCCAAUGUUCACGGCGACCCGUCUGCAGCUAUGCUCGAGGUUUUGGAUCCCGAACAGAACAACUCAUUCACUGACCACUACGUCGGUCUGCCCAUCGACUUGAGCAAGGUGUUGUUCAUCGCCACGGCCAACAGCCUAGACACCAUCCCAGCCCCCCUCCUUGACAGAAUGGAAACAAUCUAUCUGCCGGGAUACACAACGCUCGAGAAACGCCACAUUGCCAUGCAGCACCUCGUGCCCAAGCAAAUCCGGGUCAACGGACUUUCGGACGACCAGGUCAACUUUGACAAGGAAGUCGUGUCCAAGAUCAUCGAGUCUUACACCCGUGAAUCAGGAGUUCGUAACCUGGAGCGCGAGAUUGGCUCUGUCUGUCGUGCUAAGGCUGUCGAGUUCGCCGAAGCCAAGGACGGAGGACAACUCGGGACUUACAAGUCCCAACUCACAGUCGACGACAUCGAAGAAAUCUUGGGCAUCGAAAAGUUUGAGGAGGAAAUUGCCGAGAAAACAAGCAAGCCCGGCAUCGUCACCGGUCUGGUGGCGUACAGUUCGGGCGGCAACGGUAGCAUCCUCUUUAUUGAGGUUGCCGACAUGCCUGGAAACGGCAGCUUGCAGCUUACCGGUAAGCUGGGAGACGUGUUGAAGGAGAGUGUUGAGGUCGCUCUGUCCUGGGUCAAGGCGCACGCGUACGAGCUGGGUCUGACGUCGGAACCGGCCGCGAACAUCAUGAAGGAGCGGAGCAUCCAUGUCCAUUGCCCUUCGGGCUCGAUCCCCAAGGACGGUCCCAGCAGCGGUAUGGCGCAGGCCAUUGCUCUCAUUUCUCUAUUCUCCGGCAAGCCUGUACCUCCUACAAUGGCCAUGACGGGCGAGAUAUCCUUGCGCGGCCGUGUGACUGCCGUCGGGGGCAUCAAGGAGAAGCUCAUUGGCGCACUCCGAGCUGGUGUCAAGACGGUGCUACUCCCCGCGCAGAAUCGCAAGGAUGUGAAAGAUCUCCCUCAGGAGGUCAAGGAUGGCUUGGAGAUCCUCCACGUCAAUCAUGUCUGGGAGGCCAUCCGACUCGUCUGGCCCGAUUCCCAGUGGCCUGGCGCGGAGCCCUACCCUCCCAUCGAGAGCCGAUUGUAGAUUGGUAAAAUAAGGGGUGGAGGUGUAUGUGAUGCUCCGACAAGACCAUGCACGCCGCGAACACCCACUUGUUUUGUAUUACUCAACAUCAUCACCACUACCAUCAACUUUCAACUGAGCCGACCUCUCCUGCCACGACUGAGACUGUAUGUAACGAAAGGGAAGGGAAGCGGCAUUGCACACAUCACACACUGGGUAGUAUGGCCAUUCGGUUCCGUUUCGGCGUUUUUGUAGGUGUCUCGGGGCGUCGCGGGACGGGCGUCCAAGACAUUUGACUUGUCCCGUCUCGCCGCGACGUGUAUUGUCUUUGUUCAUAAUGCGUGUUGCAAAAGGAGAAUGCUACGUGUACAUGUUCCUUCUUUGGAUCAGUUGCUAGGUUCUACAAUGGCAUUCGCUUUCAGAAACUUGAGUACGAUUAACCGCGCGUCACGUUGUAGUCGACUAGCGCCGCGAAACCGUAUGCAGAUGUUGGAGUGACUCCUGUUGCUCUGCCACCAUGUUUUGUGACGGCGUACAUGUGUGUUUGAUG